AACACGUGUGUUUAUUGUUUACAUCUUGUCCAUGUUAUAAGCGAUUUCGUCACGUGACGCAUCGAUGAGACAUCGCCAGGAUUCCCCGGAAGCAAUAUUUUUAGAAAUUUAUAGUGAAAAUGACAGAAAAAGAAUUUAUUUUCGAUCCACACAAUAAAGUGGAACGCAGUUAUGGAUAUUGUAUGUUCUUUGUCAGUAUAAUAUCAUUUAUACUCACCAAUAUAGUGGUCACCAAAAUUGGACCUCCCAAAAACGUGAAAGGAGACCCGUGGAGAUGGAACAAUUUAUUCAUUUCUUGGAUACAUGCAGCCAUAUGUGGCACAUGGGAUAUACUUUGUUUAUAUUUUUAUCCAGAGAUGUUGGAUGACCUAGUUCACCAUAUUAAUUACUUCACAUAUCUAAUGAUUGCCUUCUCAACAGGUUACUUUGUGUAUGAUUUCCUAGAUCUGAUGUACAAUGGCAAGCUGAUAGCUAAUUGGGAAGUCACACUUCAUCAUAUAGCAGUAACUUCCAUGUUCUGGUACAACCUGCAUGAGGAGAUGUGUAUAGGUUACAAUGUAGUUGCCAUCAUGGCCGAAAUUAACAGUUUCUUCCUACAUUCCCGCAAGCUUCUACAUUUAUUACAGUACAAAUUUGACAACAAAUUUUAUCGUUUAGUCUGUAUGUUGAACUUGGUGACAUUUUUCGUCUGCCGCGGCUGGUCGCUGUGUCGGAUCUCGUACGGAAUGUACACAGAAUCUCACCGGGUGCCACCAGUCUACUUCCGGUUUUUGUGUUUUUCUAUUUUUGUGAUGAACUCGAUAAAUCCUGUGUUGUUCUGGAGACUUUUAAGAAAUGAUGUGUUAAGAAGACCGUCAACACCGAAGAAAUCAAAGCAGCCAGUUAUAAAUGGAAACAAUAAUCAAAAUGCUCAUUUAAAAUCAAAUUAAUGUUAUAGUAAUAAUGCUGUUUAAUUAAUGGACACUUCUAGUUUUAGAAAUUGCUAUGAAAUAAACAGUUUAAUAAAGGUUGCAUUUUAAUAUUUGUAUACAUAUGUACACCGAAAGAUACAAGAUUAAAUAUAAAUGAAUCAAUUAACUAUAUAGAUAUAUUACGUAUUAUAGCUUGACAUUUGGUCAGUAUAUAUUGUACUUUUAGAACGUUUGUCUUGAAUGAAAUGUAAAUUUUUGCAUCAUUAUUUUCAAAAUUUUAGAAUAACAGUUUUAUUUAAACAUUUUCACUAAGUCACUAUGAUAGUUUUGAAAAACUUUGAAUUAUUCAGAAUAUGAAUAUGAACAUAAAAGUUGUACAUAUAUGGACUUUGUACUGAAUUGCAAUCUUUCUGUUGUCUAGUUGCUUUUUAGCUAGCAUUAUAAGGGAGACAAUUACAAUUUAGUUUCAUAACCAGUUAUUGUCUCCCCUUAGUGUAUUAGGUACAUGUAUAUGCAUAGUUGUUUAAAUAGUGAAUCACAGUGAUUGAAUAUAUAAAGGUUUUGUUUUGGCAUUAUGUUUUAAGAAAAUGAUAAAUCAUUGUGUUUUACUGAUUAUGAUAAUGUUAUCAUAAAAGCUCACAAUAUGAAAAGGUUAAAACAGAAUUGGAUAUAAAAGAAAAGUAUGGUAAAAGAUUUUGAAUCAUUAGUUUUGCAAACAUAUCCUAUAAUUCUUAAAACGUGAAAAAGUUAUAUGUCCUUGCAUAAUUCAAAAAGUUAAGUAUAUUUUAAUUAUGUCAUGUCAGUCGGUCUCCCUAUGGACAACAUUAACAAUGUCUUGGCCUGUAGUAGUCAUCAUAAUUAUUUAAAAAAAAGUAUAUCUCUUAACCAUGGCUUGAUUUAAAUGGAUUGAAAUUUUACCUUGGGAGACUGACAUUAAAGGUCAAAUUUUCCAGAUUGUAUGUUAGUUAAAUUCUGUCAUGAAAUGUUAUUUCCUGUGCUUUUAUUCUUUGCUUUCCAAUUUCAUUAAUUUAUUUAUAUUAUCUUGGUUAUUAUAGUUAGCUACAUGUAGCUGUGUGAUAUAUCAACAUUGUAAAAUCAUUUACUGUAUACUAAAAGAUGUAUUUCAUCUAGGAAUAAUGAUGAUAUAAUUCACUUAUGUCAUUGGUAGUAACCUUUGAACUUUGGUCUUUGUUUUCUAUAAUAUUUACCAUGACAUAAUGUGUGAACCAUGUGACUAGUUCGGUACUAAUUGGUGACUAAGAUUGAUAAUACAAUGUUAGAUAUGACAGUUAAUGUUAUGAUACUCUAUAGAUAGGCAAAACCACUUGGUUGUGACUGUAAAAAAAAUAUGACUACAAAUUUUGUGUUACAUGUAAUUAGAAUUCUAGCAAUUCUUGCCUGUAAAAAAUGAACUAAAUUAUUUUUGCAUUCAGUGUUUUUCCCCUUCUUGAUUUAGGUCUCCGAAAAUUCUAAUAUUCUUCAAAAUUUUGUAAGUAAUUUUUGAAAAUUAUAAGUUUUACAUUUGUCGAAUCUCAAUAUUUGCAAUUUUAACAUAAUCAUGCAAUUAAACAUUUUCCGAAAUGGGUUUUACAUAGACCUUUUCCUAAAAGGAUUAAGUAAAAACACUGGUAUCUGUUAGUAUUUCAUAAAGAAUUAACAUUUUACAUUUAGAUUAGAUCAAGUUAUUUCAACCAUUUUUCAUUCUGUAUAAAUAUUUCAUCCUUCCUCAGUAGUUGUGAAAGUUAGCAGUUUUCAAACUUUGUAAAUUUGGCAUCGUUCAACCUGGCAUCAUAUAUUUAUAACAAUGUGUGUAAAUUUGUCGUUCAUAAAACAGUGUAUAAUUUUCAUCUUGGGACAACAUUGCUUUUUUUAGCAUUCAUUUCUAUAUUUAGGAUUCUGUGGCAGUCUGUGUUUACUUAAUUAGGUAUUUUCCAGCAAUAUUUGUAUAUAUGGCACUUUUUGAAGACAAUUUUUGUAAAUUUGGUAUCCAUUGACCUUCUGAAUUUUGGCAUUAAUUUUAUAACUUGUGUUUAUUUUGCUCUAGUUUCAACUAAAAGUGUAAAUUUGUCAUUGUAUCAUAUAACCUAUGACUGACAUUCUUUUUACAUUUAGCAUAAAUUCUUGUAAUCCCUCAAAAGGAUUGUUAAACAUUUAUAGUAGUGGUGCAGUACAUACAUUAUCAAUAGUGUUGACACAUGAUAAGUCAAUGAUAAAUGUGGCAGAAAUGAUAAGCCUGUAAAUUGAUGUGAUGUCAUAUAUGUAACUUGCAUACAUUAAUUGGUUUUACUGAUUUAUGAUGAGAAAAUGUACUUGUAAGCUAAAAGGAAAUUUUAUUGGAGGGUGAACAGUAAUUGACAUAUAAGGACAUAUAUUUUCUAUAGUGUGACACAGAAAAUCUAACAAUAUUAUUGUUUUUAGCUCAACUUUUCAAAGAAUAUUGAGAGUUAUUGUACUCACUCUGGCAUCAGUGUCAUACUUUGGUUAAGUUUUUGCAUUCAUGUUGGUAUCUUCUACCAAAGGGAAUGGGUUGAAACAUUUUUUUCUCUUUGAUUAUCUAACAUGAUGGACAUAGGUUACAGAGUUAUGGCCCUUCUCUUACAGUCAAGCACUGAGAAUAGUGGAGCCCACUGUGUUACUGACAGCACUUCGUAUGUUAUUUAUUUCAUCAGAUAAAUUUACAUGUUUUAAAGAACCAGAACCUGAUUGUUGCUGAAUUCAAUGUAAUAGUCUUUUGAAAUUAAAGUUGCUUCUAUUAAAUAAUGUACUUGGUGGUAAAGUACAGAAACUACUAUCUGAAAUAGCUAGUUUUGUGUGUAUCAAAAUUUAAUUUUCUUUAGCAGUCAAUUAAUUAUUUUUGUUUAGGGAUCAAAUUUUAGUUUUUGUUUCUUCUUGGUUUAUACCAUGAUACCAUUUUAAUUUGCAACACUUACAUGAAUGUUUUAAGCUAAGAAUGAAAGUUUGCGUUGUACAUUUAGUAAUAGUAAUUAUUGUACAUUCAGUAAUAGUAAUUCUUGUACAUUCAGUAAUAGUAAUUCUUGUACAUUCAGUAAUAGUAAUUCUUAUACUGAUUUUUUUCAUAUUCUUUGAAUAUAUUGUAAACUUAAAGUUAAAGCUUAAUUUUUGUAAGGAACCGUAAAUGGUUAAAGUAACUGUUUUUUUUAUAUGAAAAAUGUUUACAAUAUUUUGAAGAAUUUAUGGUUGGAACGGUACAUAAAUUGGUUUUUAAUAGAACACUGUGUUUAUUAUGAUUUUAUACUUUUCUAUAACAAAAAGUUUUGUUUUCACACACCAAGUUAAACAAGAAGUCAUUGUUUUGUUUUAUACAAAUUUUGUAAAAAAAGAAAUCAAUGCAGCAUGUCUCAUUGUACAAAAAUAUUUGUGAAAUAUUUUACAACAAAACGUAAGAUAUGCUGUCAUUUUUUCAUCGUCUUAGUGUUGUAUUUUGAAUGUUGUUUUUUUGAGACAUGACAUUUUCAAUUUUUGUGCUAAUUAUCUACAUUUUAUGUAUCUUACAUAUUUUUGGACUAUUUAGCUUACAUACUGGAUCUGAUUGUUUGUAGUACACUUUACUUUUAAAGUAAAAUAGGUUUAUUCCAUGCACUUUAAUUUAUUUUUCACUCAAACUUUUUUCAACAUGAUUAAAGUUGGACACUUGUCCUUCUUUAUUUUUAUUUAUCACAUAUCCAUGCCACUUUUGUGAUUCAUCAUCAUCUAUAUCCCUCUGUGAUACUGUUUCUCAUAGCAUCUUCAUUUAUUCCCUGAUUUCUUACAUAUUUAAUUGUUGGUACUUUGCAUUAUGAACAGUGCUACCAUUAGAUAGAUUUUUAGGUCAAUUUGGUCAAGGUCACUUGCGCUAUUUAGGUCAUUUUUGUCAAGGUCACUUGGGCUAUUAAGGACAUUGUCGUGAAGGUCAUUUGGGCGAUUUUGGUCAAGGUCACUGGGCUUUUUACAUGUAGAACAUUUUGGUCAAGGUCACUUAGACUAUUUAGGUCAAGGUCACUUGGUCUAUUUAGGUCAAGGUCACUUGGUCUAUUUAGGUCAAGGUCACUUGGUCUAUUUAGGUCAAGGUCAAAGUAUCUUAGGUUAAAAAUUGGACAUUAUUGAUGUACUCUCAAAGACAGUAUAGAUGUCUUGUUAUGAGUCUAAUACUCAAUAAAUCUGCAAUAGAUUUGUUGUUUACAUUUUUAGCUCACCUGUCACAAAGUGACAGGGUGAGCUUUUGUGAUCGCUUUUCGUCCGGCGUCCGUCCGUCCGUCGUCCGUCCGUCGUCCGUCCGUCCGUCCGUAAACUUUUACUUUAAAUGACAUCUCCUCAUAAACCACUAAGCCAAUUUCAUCCAAACUUCACAGGAAUGUUCCUUUGGUGGUCACCUUUAAAAAUUGUUCAAAGAAUUUAAUUCCAUGCAGAACUCUGGUUGCCAUGGCAACCGAAAGAAAAAACUUUAAAUAUCUUCUUUUAAAAAACCAUAAGAGCUAGAGCUUAGAUUUUUGGCAUGAAACAUCUUCUAGUGAGUGUCUACCAAGUUUGUUCAAAUAAAAGCCCUGGGGUCAAAAUUGGCCCCGCCCCGGGGGAUCAUUGAUUUUCCCUAUAUGCAUAUAGUAAAAACUUAAAAAAUCUUCUUUUAAAGAACCCAAAGAGCUAGAGCUAAGAUAUUUAGCAUGAAACAUGUUCUAAUGGGUUUCUACCAAGUUUGUUCAAAUAAAAGCCCUGGGGUCAAAAUUGGCCCCGCCCCGGGGGUCAUUGAUUUUCCCUAUAUGCAUAUAGUAAAAAAGUUAAAAAAUCUUCUUUUAAAGAACUCAAAGAGCUAUGGCUAAGAUAUUGAGCAUCAAACAUGUUCUAAUAGGUGUCUACCAAGUUUGUUCAAAUAAAAGCCCUGGGGUCAAAAUUGGCCCCGCCCCAGGGGGUCAUUGAUUUUCCCUAUAUGCAUAUAGUAAAAACUUAAAAAAUCUUCUUUUAAAGAACCAAAAGAGUAAGAGCUAAGAUAUUUAGCAUGAAACAUGUUCUAAUGGGUGUCUACCAAGUUUGUUCAAAUAAAAGCCCUGGGGUCAAAAUUGGCCCCGCCCGGGGGGUCAUUGAUUUUCCCUAUAUGCAUAUAGUAAAAAGUUAAAAAAUUUUCUUUUAAAGAACUCAAAGAGCUAUGGCUAAGAUAUUGAGCAUCAAACAUGUUCUAAUAGGUGUCUACCAAGUUUGUUCAAAUAAAAAGCCCUAGGGUCAAAAUUGGCCCCGCCCCAGGGGGGUCAUUGAUUUUCCCUAUAUGCAUAUAGUAAAAACUUAAAAAAUCUACUUUUAAAGAACCAAAAGAGUUAGAGCUAAGAUAUUUAGCAUGAAACAUGAUCUAAUAAGUGUCUACCAAGUUUGUUCAAAUAAAAGCCCUGGGGUCAAAAUUGGCCCCGCCCCGGGGGUCAUUGAUUUUCCCUAUAUGAAUAUAGUAAAAACUUAAAAAAUCUUCUGUUAAAGAACUCAAAGAGCUAUGGCUAAGAUAUUUAGCAUCAAACAUGUUCUAAUUGGUGUCUACCAAGUUUGUUCAAAUAAAAGCCCUGGGGUCAAAAUUGGCACCGCCCUAGGGGUCAUUGAUUUUCCUUAUAUGUGUAUAGCAAAAACUUAAAAAAUCUUUUUUGAAAAAACCCAAAUAGCUAGAGUUAAGAUAUUAAGCAUGAAACAUCUUUUAGUGAGUGUCUACAAAGUUUGUUCAAAUAAAAGACCUGGGGUCAAAAUUGGCCCCGUCCCGGGGGUCAUUGAUUUUCUUUAUAUGUGUAUAGCAAAGACUUAAAAUCUUCUUUGAAAAAACCCGAAUAGCUAGAGUU